UUUUUUUUUGCUUGUAGUGCUCAGCAUCUGCAUGUGCUUUUAAUCAUGACACCAUCUACCUCAACAAGAAACACUUUUAUUCUGCUGUUUUAUCUGAUAUUUACAAUUCUACAUGUCAAGGCUAUUGGUAAAAGCGGAUGUUACCAGAAAUACAGACAGGGAAUCUGGAGAUGUGAACGCUGCACUCCAGAGUGUUCUGAGACAAGAAAUGAGAUGGAAUUUACUCCAUGCACUGAGGACAGCAAUAGGUCAUGCUUCUGUAAACCAGGUUUUUACUGUACAAAAGGAAAUAAUUAUAUCACACACUGCCAUAAACCAUGUGUUCCUUGUGGGAAUGGCACAUUCUCCAGCAAAGCCUCUCUGGGAUUCUGCAAACCUCAUAAAAAUUGUGCUCAGCUGGGGAUGAUAAUGCAUAAAGAGGGCUCAGCGACACGGGACACUGAGUGUGUGACCACAGUGAUGCCAUCCUCGUCCACUUUGUCCACUACCACCAAUGUCAUUACUACAUUCCCCGUCACUAACACUUCCAUCCCCGGGACAGGGGUCACUGCACCACUCAUAGACACUUCAGAGGAAAGCCAGUCCCAUUGGCUGCUGCUAUUGAUCUUAAUGUUGAUAAUAUUGUUGGCUGGAUUCUGUGUGCUGAUGAAAAACGGGCCAAAGAAAACCUUUUUAAAAUGUCCUGGUUCAAUAAACGUAAGAAAUGAAGAUCAUCAAUACCAGAGUCAAACUGCAGUUGACAAUCAAAAUUCGUCCAAUUCCCAAUCCCAGAGCUUGGACACAGGGAUACCUCUCGGUAGUGAUGGCAGAGAGCACAAAGGUCAGAGUACGGAUCCGAUGCACCAAUCUGGGACUGUACAACAAGUCACAAUGGAGCACAAUGGGAAGGGUGAGAACGUCAGCAAUACUGUUGGGUCCAUCUACAUCUACUCUCCUGGAAUGGUGAUUUUGGGCUCCAACUCGGGUGAUAAAAAGGAAGAGGCAGGAGUUUGUGAAGAAGUCGUUCCCCUCAUCAGCAGACCACAGCAAGAGUCAAAUCCACCCUCGCAAGAAGUCAGAAUAACAAUAAGCGCACAGGAAGAGGCUGAGGAGGAGCUGAAUCUGAGUUUUCCUGUGCCGGCAACUGGAAAGUGAGAAGUUCAUGAUGGCCUUUAGGAAGAUUCCAAGUGGAAUCUAAAGACUGAAGAUCACAAGUGGCCAUAUAUAAGAUUCCUGGUAAAGCAUGGCAUCAGCAAUGGCUAUGUCAUGGUUUCAGUUCCAGAGAAACAUGCACGCUGGAAAAAUGUACAGGCUAUUGUUUGUACUGUAUGCUGAAUACAGAAUGCACAGAUGUACAAGAUGGAAAAUGCUGAGUAAUUACGCUUUCUUGCACAUCAAGGAAAGAUUUAUGCUUAAUUUAAGUUGGUCAGUUUUUAGAAUUGCACAUGUCUGAAUUGCUGCUGCAGCGAAAAUGGGACAAAGACACGCAUGAAGACUGUGCACAGGAGGUACAGAUGAAAGUGUGAUAAAAACGCCCUCAAAGGUGUUAUGAGUUUUCAAAAUGAAUAGCCAUCAGAUAGAGGCAGCACGACUGAAACGCACAUGAUGUGUAUGAAUUGUUUUAUUGUUUAAGCGGGUGGUCGAGAACCUAAUAAGUAUGUCUCAAUAUUUCUAAUCAUACUUUUGUUCUACUGUGUGGGCGUUUCAUAUGAAUGUCUAAAAAUACCCAGCCUCACCUUCGGAAAGAAGUUGUCUGAUUUGACUGUUGUAGGUAGGGAUGCACUGAUACCUCUUUUUCCAGUACUCGCCCGAUACCGAUACUUUUAGUUUUGGUACUUGCCAAUACCGAGUACCAAUACCAAUAUUUUUAUUUCAUUUGUACAUUUUUUAAAUAUUGGGUACAAAAAAACAAAAUAAUAUGUAUAAUGUUAGCUGGAUAACUUAAUUGAUUAAAUAGAUAUAGUCAAACCAUAAUGUAUUCAGACACCUUCAACAUUUCACUUAAUCACAGAUUAUUCUCUAUAGUUCAGAAGGAGGUAAGAAAAUAUGACAAGAACUCAUAUUUAAACUGUGUCAACAAAUUCAUCCUGAUAAUGUUAGAUAACUUUGAUAGAAAGGUAUAUAAUUGCUUACAAUUAGGGAUCCACUGAUACUGAUACUGGUAUCGGGCCGAUACUGAGCUCCUGUACUCGUACUCGUUACAACCAAACGGCGAAGUAUUGAUAGCUGUGUAAAUACUGUUAUACUAACAGCUGUCUGAAUAAUUUUUGGUUGAACUGUUUUUUUAUCUGGACCGUGGUGCAAUUUAUAUUCCAAAGCCACUCAUAUAAUGCAGAAACACUCAAGCAAGCAAAACAUGUGCCAUGCGAGCAUGUAUUUGAGCUGUUGCAGAAUGAAAGGGACAGUAUAACGUACUGCCUAGCGCAUUACACACAGGCUGCUAGAUUCACUUUCUCCAGAAAGCCAUGUAUGCCUAUAGCUGAAAAUAAAUGAUGUUUAUAGUGAAUGUCACUAUAAAUUGUCUUUUUUUAUUAUUCAGUUUUAAUCCAAAUGCGUGUGCUCUCUCUCUCUCUCUCUCUCUCUCUCUCUCUCUCUCUCUCUCUCAUUACCGUUAAGUAACGUGUGCAUUGUUUUACUUAAUUGUUCCAGUGGUGAAAUGUAUAUUCACUCGACGAGCUCCUGCAUCUCCGCCGCCACAUGCUUUUUUUUUUUUUGCUGUUUUUUUUUUUUUUGUCUGAAUAUGGCACUUAUCACAUGCUGUGUGGUAUUGGCGUUUGGUAUCAGGGCAUUUUUACGAGUACGAGUACAGGAGCUCAAUAUCGGCCUGAUACUAGUAUCGGUAUCAGUGCAUCCCUAGUUGUAGGAGGUCUGGUCAGGAGGAACCACAUGUUCAGAAUGAAAUUUAUUCUUCAUUCUUCUCACAUCCUCCAUUCACUUGAGCUUGUGUGCUUGUCAUUUUGCUUUGUUUGCAGUGUACAUGAAUGUUUGAUUUUUAAAAUUUGUUCAGAUUCUUCAUAUUAAGUCAAUAAAGUUCAUUCCUUCAACAA